UCAAACGCGUCUCUCUCUCUCUCUCUCUCCCGAUAAAAUGGGUGUUCCCCAUUGCGUGUGAUUCACUGGUUCAGGUGAGCAAUGGCGAGGAUCGCCCACAAGCACGCCGCUUCGUCGACGCAUUGGACGGUGCUGUCGACAUGCAUGGGGCUCCUCGGCGCCGCCCUGCUCGUGGAUUUCAUGUGGGCGUCUUCUUCUUCUUCUUCUUCUUCUUCUUCGUCUUCUUCCUCCUCCUCCUCCUCCGCUCCUUCCGCUACCUCCGCCUAUUCGUCGCUCGCUUCCAACUGGGCUCUCGAGAAAUCUGGAAUCGUCGUCUUCCCCGACCUCCAAUCUCGCAGGAAAUCUGAUGAUCAGUUGCAGGAGGAACAUGUAAAAGCAGAUCAUGGCCCGGGAUCAGAUGCUAAAGAAAAGCAUGAUCAGGGACAGGAUGCUAAGGGGAAGCGUGAUUGGGGACGGGAUAGAUUUUUGUCGGCUACUUUUGCCGAUUUAGCUGCUCCAGACAUGAAAUGGGAAGAGAUGCCACCGGCACCGGUGCCUCGUCUGGACGGCGCUGCGAUCCAGAUCAAUAACCUGUUGUACGCUUUUUCAGGAUACCGCACGCUUGACUAUGUGCAUUCUCAUGUGGAUGUGUUCAACUUUACUAGCAAUACUUGGGGAGGAAGGUUCAAUACGCCAAAGGAUAUGGCGAAUUCACAUUUAGGAAUGGCCACUGAUGGAAGAUACGUCUAUAUUGUCUCCGGCCAAUAUGGUCCACAAUGCAGAGGGCCGGUGGCUCAUACUUUUAUCCUAGACACAGAGACGAAGAAAUGGGAUCGAAUGCCCCCAUUGCCGGCCCCAAGGUACGCUCCCGCUACUCAAUUAUGGAGAGGUAGACUUCACGUGAUGGGUGGAGGCAAAGAGAAUCGCCAUACGCCUGCACUGGAACACUGGAGCAUAGCAGUAAAGGAUGGCAAAGUCUUGGAGAAGGAGUGGCGAACUGAAGUGCCCAUUCCUCGCGGAGGACCGCACAGGGCUUGUGUCAUGGUGGAUGAUAAACUAUAUGUUAUUGGUGGUCAAGAGGGCGAUUUUAUGGCCAAACCCGGGUCACCCAUUUUCAAAUGCUCGCGCAGGCAUGAGGUAGUUUACAGCGAUGUCUAUAUGCUCGAUGGUGGAAUGAAGUGGAAAGUACUGCCUCCUAUGCCAAAACCUAACUCCCACAUAGAAUUUUCUUGGGUGGUUGUGAACAAUUCCAUUGUCAUCACGGGAGGUACCACUGAGAAGCAUCCAAUAAACAAGAGGAUGAUACUCGUUGGGGAGGUGUUCCGGUUCGAUUUGGACACACUGAAAUGGACAGUGAUCGGGAAGCUUCCUUACCGUGUCAAAACCGCGAUUGCGGGUUUUUGGGACGGCUGGUUGUACUUUACAUCGGGGCAGCGGGAUCGAGGGCCAAAUAAUCCGCAGCCUAAGAUGGUCAUCGGAGACAUGUGGAGGACCAAAUUGAGAUUGUGAUGCGAGUCACUUGAAGUCUACCAUUUGAAGCAUUGUCUUGUCUUUAGCUUGGAUUUUAGUUUUUCACACUCAUUUUCUCUAGGCCAGGUAAAUAGUCCAAGUAUUCUUUCCUCAAUUUUUCUACUUGAGCGAGGCAUAGAGUUAUUUAACUGCAGUUUUUACAUCUUUGUGCAAAUGUGGCAGAUUGUCUUGAAUUGAAUAGAGGAGAGCAUUUACAAAGCAAACGGAAAGAGUUGCUUCUUUUCUUCCUUUUUAACUUUUGGUGAACAAGUUUUUCUUUUCAUUGAAGUAAUUAGUUGCUAGAUUGAGAUUC